AUGGAGAUAGUGCGCACAUUGCUCAAACCUCACGAAAACUUUACUUACGAUGAGGAUCAGCGUAUCCCGGAAGUUCGAGUGUGGUUAAAAGAGAUAGACACCCUCUAUGCUACUUUUCUCACAUUCGCUACCAUCUUCACAGUGAUAGUAUGGCUCCUAGCAGCCGUUCAAUUGUACCAUAUUAUACGAUAUGUUAGUAACGCUAGAAUACAAACAGAUCUCUACUACUUGGCCCUUAUGUUUCCGGUAACUACAGUCUGUAACAUGGCAGGAAUGUAUAUUCCACGUGCAGCUCUCUUCCUUUAUGCUGUAGCUCUUGUGUAUUUCAUGUUUUGUCUUUUUAUCGUGGUUUCAUUGCUGUUCAACAUAUUCGGAAGCAGAAAGGAGAUGUCCGAUUAUCUCUUGGAGAAAAAUAUUCGAAUCUCGUUUAAAGUACCUCCACUAUGUUGUCUCAAAUUUUUACCGGAUGUUCCGAGCACUGACCAAAAUUUACGACGAGUUGAAUGGCUCGUCUUUCAAACCCCAAUCCUUCGUACGGCAUUUGAACUCACUAGCGUUGUUGUCUUUAUGGAACUCAAUCAUCGUCAUAACUUAUGGUUCAUGUUCUCACAACUCUUCGGUUUGAUCUCUAUGUGCGUAGCAUUUUACGGCUGUUAUGUGAUGGUGCCACUGGGAAAGGAAAAGGUUGCUCCAUAUCGAUUUAUGCAGCUGUUCACCAUGGUGGAUAUCGCACAAUGUUUGUACACCAUCCAAAAGUUCUGUUUCGAUUUUGCUGCUUGUUUUGGAAUCAUUACACCUGACCGUUUGUUGACUGCAGCGGCAAAAGCACAAUUUUGGGCAUCAUUUAUGCUGACAUGGGAGAUGAUGACAUUAUCGGCCAUCGCCACAUAUUUGCUACGGCCAUCGCAAUCCAUUUUCUUCGACAAUUAUCCGAUCGUAGAUUCCACCUGCUUGCAUAAUGGGAGCACUCAGACCAUAAAUAGUUUUGUUCCUACAAUCAUGGACCGUAGGGCCAGCUAUCAAUUCGAUUCGAUUGAAGAAGACAAGAUUGUUGUGCGAAGGGAUUCUGGACCCAAAAUAAUCUAG